AUUCAUCUCGCAUGUGAACGUUCCCAGUCCCAGUGUAUAUACCGUGCUGUAUUUACAUACUUUGUAUUUACAUAUUUUGGUAUUUCGCGUAAAAGAGAAUAAGUGUCCUUGAUAGAGGCUAAUGAGUUUAUCCGUAGACUAUGCAAAUAAAAAUGGGUGAACCAUCAGGAUUAACCAAUAGUGAAACCCGUGAGCUUUGCAAGCCUCCAGAUCCUGCUACAAAUGGAUAUAUUAUGCAACAGACAAUGUACCGUAUCAAAGAUCCAAGAAGAUCAUUACCCUUUUAUACCGAAGUACUUGGUAUGACAUUGCUGCAAAAGCUUGAUUUUCCAGAAAUGAAGUUUUCUUUGUAUUUUCUUGGAUACGAGAAUCAGAAAGAAAUACCAACCGAUAGAAAAGAAAAUAUUGAGUGGACAUUCAGUAAAAAAGCAACUAUAGAACUAACUCAUAAUUGGGGAACAGAAACAGAUCCUGAUGCAAAAUAUCACAAUGGAAAUUCAGAUCCUAGAGGAUUUGGUCACAUUGGGAUAGCGGUACCUGACGUUGAAAAAGCAUGCGAGAGGUUUGAAAAAUUAAAUGUGGAAUUUGUAAAAAAACCAAAUGAUGGCAAGAUGAAGGGACUCGCUUUCAUUAAAGAUCCUGAUGGUUACUGGAUCGAAAUACUGAAUGGUUCCAACAUUGCCAAAACUGUGUUAGGUAUGGUAGAAGAUAAAAAAUAUGAGAUCUCAAGCCGUAUCGAGUGUGACGGAUAUCGGGGUACAUUGAAAUACGUCGGACCUGUGGGAAACACAAAGGGAAAGUGGUUGGGUAUAGAUUGGGACGAUUCGACUCGUGGCAAGCACAAUGGUACAUACGAAGGAAUAGAAUAUUUUCAAGCCAGACAUUCCACAUCAGGCUCUUUUAUACGACCAGGCAAAGUCAAGUUUGGAAUAUCUUGUCCACAAGCUAUCAAAAUGCGUUACGGACUGAUCGAUGAUGAAUUAGCAGGAAUAGACAGGGAUGAAGUGUCGAGUCUAAGAAAGGAAAUCAAUGCACCCUUCCUAGAUUUCGUUGGUUUCUCUAAAGUGAAUAAGAAGCAAAGUAAAUUUGAUCAAUUGAAAAUAGUAUGGCUGAGGGAACAGUGUGUAAGCGAUGCAGGAAGACCAGAGGAGUUGAAAGAACUGUGUCCUAAUUUGAAAGAACUGGAUAUAUCUAAAAACUUAAUAAAUUCAUGGAAAAUUGUAGCGGAUAUAUGUUCUCAGCUUCAUUCUCUUAUUCGUCUCAAUGUCAGUGAGAACCAUCUGCCUCUUGAAGAAGAUGUGACAGCACUGAAAAACUCAUUUUCAACAGUAAAACACCUAACCAUAGCUAAAAUGAAUUAUAAUUGGUCUGAUAUGCAACAAUGUAUAUCCAUGUUUUCAUUGGUUGAAGAACUCUCAGUCUCUUUUAAUAUUGUUACGACUAUAGAAGAGACAAUAACAAAUAUUAAUUUAAUGAAAAUAGUUACAUUAAUACUCGAAGGAAAUUUAAUAUCAAGUUGGGAUGAGAUACUUAAACUAGGUUCCCUUCCAUGCUUAGAAUAUCUUAAUUUGAAUUCAAAUAAAAUAGAUAAAAUUAGAUUUCCAUCAUCUUUGACAUCAAUAGACAAAACUGAGCUUUUUCCUAUUUUACGUCACUUAAAUAUUUCCGAAAACCACAUAUCAGAGUGGCAGUCAAUUAAUGAAUUGGAUAAAUUGCCAAUUUUAGAAGACUUAAAAUUCAAAGAAAAUCCCAUCUUGAAGAAUGAAACUGUAGAGACUGCUCGACAGUUAAUAAUUGCAAGAAUAGCGAAAUUAAAAAUCUUAAAUGGUACAGAGAUAUUUCCCGUCGAAAGGAGAGGCGCUGAAUAUGAUUAUUUAAAAUUAUAUCUACCAAAAUGGCUGGAAACAGAGAAUAGGAUAUCGUUUAUAAAUGAACAUCCACGAUAUCCUAUACUAAUUGAUAAAUAUGGAAUUGCAAAUAUUCCCUCAAUUAAACCAAAAGUAGAAAUGGUUUCCAAUGUGAUAACAGUGGAGUUUGUAUGUCCAGAUGAUCCACAUCAGCCUAGAGGAAUUAAAAGAAAACUGCUUAAAGACAUGGAAGUCCAAAAAAUGAUCGGACUUGUUCAGAGACUUUUUAAAACUGGUGGAAAAAUACCUGCUCUAUCAUUUAUUUCACAAGAUCUAUCAAAUGAUGAAAUUUCAUUGGAUAAACCGCUGCAAGAACUUAGUUACUAUUCGAUACAAGACGGUGAUCAAGUUCUUGUAAGAUGGUGAUAUCAGCUAAAUUAUUUUUAGAUACGGUUGUAUUUUAUACGCUGUUAAAGAGAGAGAAAAGAGAGAGAGAGAAAGUUCGCUCUAUGAUACUUUAUUAUUAAACUUUUUUUUUUUUAAAUUUGCAUUGCAUUCUUAAUAAACCUUGCUAAUAAAUUUUUGAACUUGAUGAAGUAAGCUUACAUAAACAAGAAAAAAUACGUACUGUUAAUCUUAGAAAAGUGUAUACUACUUAUAUCUUACUUAUAUUUUACUUAGAAUACAAUUGUGGUCAAAAGUACAAAUUAUAAUUAGGCAUUUGUACAACCAAACAGCAUGAAAUAUAUUUUCUGUAAAUGAUGCAGAUUAUUUUG